AUGUCGAUUCCAUCACUUGAUACAUUACCAGUAGAACUUAUUUAUUAUUUAUUGGAAUAUCUUGAUAUAUCAACAUUAUUAUUUUCAUUUCGUUAUGUAUGUAAACGAUUUCAAACAAUUGUUAAUUCUUAUGAUCAAUAUAAACUUGAUAUGAGAUUAAUAUCAAAAAUUGAUUUUGAUCAUAUUUGUCAUGUAAUAUCUCCGAAAAAAAUUCUUUCAAUUAUACUUACUAAUGAUAUAGAUACACCAUAUCAAAUUCGUACAUUUUUAUCAAAGUUUUCAUUUGAACAAUUUUCUCAAAUUCAAUCAUUAGAUUUAAUCAAAAUUGAAGAAAAUAAUUUAUUUUCAAUAGUAAACCAUAUUUCGCAAUGUUCACUUAAAUCAUUAUCAAUUGAUUGUAAAUCAUGGGAUAAAAUUAGUUAUACAACACGUGUACUUCUUUCAUCAUUAAUAGCAAAAUUGAAACUAGAAAAACUCAAUUUAAACAUAUCUUAUAAAGGUUUAGAUGUGUUUUCAUGGUCACCAUUACCAACUACGUUAAAAUAUCUUCGUCUUGAAAGUUGUACAUUUCAAGAAUAUUGUAUAAUACUUCGUCAUGCAAUUAAUUUACAUAAAUUUAUAUUAACAGAAUGUCAUAUGUAUGAUUCUAAUGGAACUAUGUAUAAACCAUCCGAUGUAAUCUAUCAAUCAAAAUUAAAAUCAUUAUCAUUUGGUGCUUGUUAUAUACGUAUGAAAGAACUUUCAAUAUUAAUAUCUUGUACACCAACACUUAAUCAUAUGAAAUUGAUUCUUUGGACUGAUUUAUCUGAUCCAAUACUCAAUGGUAAACAAUGGGAAGAUUUUAUUUUAAAAAAAUUACCAUUAUUAAAUGAAUUUGAAUUUUUUUUUAAUAUUUUGAAUUAUAUUAAUCGUCAUUCAUUAGUAAAUAUCCAUUUAUAUAUUCAACCAUUUCAAACACCAUUUUGGCUUGAAAAAAAGCAUUGGUAUGUUGCUUGUGAUUAUAUUAAAACCUUAUAUAUUAUUAGAUUAUAUUCAUUACCUAUAUGUAAUUCAUUAUUGACAUAUUAUACAAAUUCAAAGAAAAUUUCAUGUUCAACAUUAAGUACAACAAAUAAUCAUGUUCAAUUAACUGAUCAAGUACAUGAAUUAAAAUUUAAUUUAAAUGAAACAAUGGAAGUUAAUGAUAAUAUACAGACUAAUCAAUUAAAAGAUCCAAUAUUUCAAAAAAUUACUCAUCUUUCUUUAAAUGUUGAUGGAAAACAUCCAUAUAUUUCCUUGCAAUCUCUUCAAACUAUUAUCGAUUUAUCAUCUCUUGUUUGUCUUUCAAUGCAAAUUCUUGUUCAUAAUUUAGCUCAACGUUCAUCUUUAAUUGACUAUAUAUCAUCAAUACUUAAGAAAACAUCGAAUAUUCAUUCACUAAAAAUAAUUUAUAACCAUACUGGAGAACCUUUCAUUAAUAUUGAAAAAUUAUCUUCAAUAAUUCCUCGUUCUAUUAAACAUUUACAAAUAUCAAUAACAAAUCUUGAUGAAAUGAAAAAUAUUCUUGAACAACUUAAUCAAUUAUCAAGUGUAACAUUUUAUUCAUUAAAUAUGUCAUAUUAUUAUGAAGAUAUUAUGAAAUGGAUUAAAGUAAAACAAAAAAAUUCUAUAUAUCGACGAGGUUUACGUUGUAUACAUAUAUGGCUUGAAAUUUCAAUGAAUAAUAAUAAUAACAAUGGAAAAAAUUCUAUGAAAAAAGUUUUUCAUCGAAUUCGUCAUAAACAAAUUAGUUAA